UUUAAAAUAAAGAAAAAUAUAAGAAUAAAAAGUAUAAUAAGAUUAAUAAGAAAAAUAAUGUUAAUAAGAAUAAUAAUAAAAAUAAUAAAAAUAAUAAGAAUAAUCAGAAAAAUAAGAAUAAUAAGAAUAAUAAGAAUAAUAAUAAAAAUAAUAAAAAUAAUAAGAAUAAUAAGAUUAAUAAGAAUAAUAUGAAUAAUAAGAAUAAUAUGAAUUAUAAGAAUAAUAAGAAUUAUAAGUAUAAUAAAUAAAAUAAGAAUAAUAUGAAUUAAAAGAAUAAUUAGUAUAAUAAUAAUAAUAUUAAUAAGAAUAAUAUAUAUAAUAAGAAUAAUAAAAAUAAUAAGAAUAAUCAGAAAAAUAAAAAUAAUAAGAAUAUUAAGAAUAAUAAGAAUAAUAUGUAUAAUAAGAAUAAUAAGAUUAAUAAGAAAAAUAAGGUUAAUAAGAAAAGUAAGUUUAAUAAGAAUAAUAAGAAUUAUAAACAUAAUAUCAAUAAUAAGAAUAAUAAGAAUAAUUAGAAUAAUAAGAAUAAUAAGAAUAAUAAACAUAAUAUCAAUAAUAAGAAUAAGAAUAAUAAGAAAAAUCAUAAAAAUAAGAAUAAUAAAAAUAAUAUAAAUUAUAAUAAUAAUAGGAAUAUUAAGAAUAAUAAUAAUAAUAAUAAUAAGAAUAAUAUGAAUAUUAAGAAUAAUAAGAAUUAUAAGAAUUAUAAGAAUUAUAAGAAUUAUAAGAAUUAUAAGUAUAAUAAAUAUAAUAAGAAUAAUAUGAUUCAUAAGAAUAAUAAGUAUAAUAAGAAUAAUAAUAAUAAUAAUAAGAAUAAUAAGAAAAAUAAGAAAAUAAGAAAAAUAAGAAUAAUAAGAAUAAUAUGAAUAAUCAGAAAAAUAAGAAUAAUAAGAAUAUUAAUAAUAUUAAGAAUAAUAAGAAUAAUAAGAUUUAUAAGAAAAAUAAGAUUAAUAAUAAUAAUAAUAAGAAUAAGAAAAAUAAAAAUAUUAAGAAUAAUAAGAAUAAUAUGUAUAAUAAGAAUAAUAAGAUUAAUAAGAAAAAUAAGGUUAAUAAGAAUAAUCAGAAAAAUACUAUUAAAAAGAAUAAUAAGAAUAAUAAGAAUAUUAAUAAAAAUAAGAAUAAUAAGAAUAAUAAGAAUAAUAGAAAUAUUAAUAAUAAUAAGAAUAAUAAGAAAAUAAGUUUAAUAAAAAUAAUAAGAAUAAUAAGAAUAAUAAGAAUAAUAAUAAUAAUAAGAAUAAUAAGAAUAAUAAACAUAAUAUCAAUAAUAAGUAUAAAUAGAAUAAUUAGAUUAAUAAAAAUAAUAAGAAUAGUAAUAAUUAUAAGAAUUAUAUAACGUUUAAUAAUUUUAAUAAUAAUAGUUUUAAUAAAAAGAUAUAUUAUAAUAACCAUAAUUUUAUUUAUUAAACGUAGAAUAAUAAUAAUUUUAAAAUAAUAUAUAAAACAUAAACGAAUAAACGUAACUUUAAGAUAAUAUUUAAGAAUUUAUUAUUAAAUCUAAAAUUGA